AUGUAUGUAGGCUAUCUUCUGGAUAAGGACACCAACAUGUAUCCCAGCCCCGUCCGGCACCCCAGCCUCAACCUCAACCCCCAGAACUACGUGCCGGGGCCGCCCCAGUACUCGGACUUCGCCAGCUACCACCAUGUGCCGGGGAUUAACAGCGACCCGCACCAUGGGCAGCCGGCGGCCGCCUGGGGCUCUCCCUACACCCCUGCCAAGGAGGACUGGCACUCGUACGGCACCGCCACCGCCUCGUCCACCGCCAACCCGGGACAGUUCGGAUUCAGCCCCCCGGAUUUUAAUCCCAUGCAGCCCCCGGGCUCUGGACUCCUGCCUCCACCCAUCAGCAGCUCGGUCCCCCAGCUCUCCCCUAACGCACAGAGGCGCACCCCGUACGAGUGGAUGAGGCGCAGUAUUCCCAGCACCAGCAACAGCGGGAAGACCAGGACGAAGGACAAGUACCGCGUGGUGUACACGGACCACCAGCGCCUGGAGCUGGAGAAGGAGUUCCACUACAGCCGCUACAUCACCAUCCGCCGCAAGGCCGAGCUGGCCGCUGCCCUGGGGCUCACCGAGCGGCAGGUGAAAAUCUGGUUCCAGAACCGGCGGGCGAAGGAGCGGAAGGUGAACAAGAAGAAGAUGCAGCAGCAGAGCCAGCCCACCAGCACCACAACGCCAACCCCCCCAGCCGUGGGCACGCCAGGGCCCAUGGGUGCCCUGUGCGGCAGCAGCGCCCCGAGCCUUGUCUCCUCGUCGCCGCUGACCAUCAAGGAGGAAUUCAUGCCUUAG